GACGUGUACGCGCUGGAACGGUUGGAAUUUGUCGACAAUUCAUCACCAUGUGGUCAUGAGUAUACACGGUGUACAAUUGCGUCUUUUUACCAGAAGGCAAGACAGAUCCGAUGAGGACAGACGUGUCUUGCAUUAAGACAAAAACCACACGACGACACAAUCGCUGAAACGGCGGCUCUUGAUUUUCACAAACAGAAGGUAUCCUGCACGAGGAAAUUGAAUGUUUAUCAUCACGAGAUCUGAAUUAUAUUAAACGAUUUUGGCAUGUUUGCGAACAGAGUUGGGCACGAAUAGCAAUCGGAUUUUUGACCAUAAAUAAAAUUUCAUCACACGGCGCUUUUACGUAUAAACAAACACUAAGUUUUGUACGAGCGUGUUCGUUACAACAUGACAAAGGGGAGCACAAUGGAAGUGGACUUCGAGAGCGCUUGCCCCGAUCAUUCACGUCAAAGACGCAAUGAAUUGAACAUGAACGAAACUUGUGUGAAUACCAGACUUGGGAGCUUCAAAGACGCUAACGACAGUUGUAGUAUUGAGCGCGAAAAGGAAGAUGAGGAUUUUUACAUAAUUUGUGAGGGGCACUCGAUACCGAAGGAACAAGACACAACAAACUAUGCCGAAAUCCGUACAAAAAUACCUUGUUUACCUGUCGAUACAACUACAAAACCGUCUUCUAGCGAAGCCAGACGAACGCGGGAGUCAGACAACCCUAUUUUACGCCUUGAUAAACCUGAUACUUCGAGCGUUGUAGAUUGUGAGAAAGAUUACGGUCAGAGAAGGAAGAUUGUCACGAAAGACGAUUUUGCUCUGUACGAAAAUACGCACCCGGCAAAACACGUACGGCAACACGGACGACAAAAAAACGAUGAAAAACGCUGUUGCACUUGCUCGGACUCAGAGAUUGGGUAUCAUAAUACAGACUCUGAAAUCGUUUAUCAAAAUACUUCGGAUAGCUUUAACAGCUCACACGUUUAUGAGAAUUUCGAGAGAAAGACUGGUUGGUGUGCUCAAAGGAUGAAUAGCGAGCGGUCCACAGCAUCGAACGAAACCUCAGAAACUGAGUCACUCUAUGAAGAUUUAGACGACGUAUACGAAGCCAUGUCUCCGCCAAAAUGUGCCUCAAAGCCCAUAGACAUUGUUUACACCUCCAUUGCGUUCGAACAACGUGUAAAAGCAUCGCCAACUUCUGUUGGGUCUUACAGUAAUUCCAGCUCGUUGGGAAGCUUGGAUAGACCAGUUCUUCAUAGAAGCGUCUCGUAUAGUUACGGUGGAGCGCCCCUUGGCGUGGGGAAGCCGCCAGAGUUACCCCCGCAGAGGAUUAGAGGGAGUAGAAGCUAUACUGGCAACUCCAGGAGGCCCAGGCCCCAGAGCUUACACAUGGAGUGCCAACAUCCAACAACCGAUUUCGGGCUGGGCUUAUACACCGGGACAUUGGUCGGCUGUUGUAUCGUGACGAAAACGAGCCCGAAGUCUGUGCAAAAAGUCAUCGGGGACUACUUAGCCCGCGAGAAAAAGGACCAAUCGAAACCGGUCAGUUUUCAGGUAACCAGCGAAUCACUACGUCUGGGGCUCAACUGUGCACCGUGGAGAAUAUUAGCUGAAAACAGCGUAGACGACAUCGGAUGCAUAACAACCUACAGUUCUAGCAAUAAAACAGCUCUAGGAUACACCAUCAGUAAACCUGGUGAGGACACGAAACUCUUUGUAAUUCAUUGCUCUGAUGCUGAUCAAAUCAAAGACGCCAUUGUGAGGAACUUCAAACGACCACCCGCUACAAAUUUGCUUUCGAAAUGGUCCUCCAUGGGGGUGCUUGCUACGCCAAGGUCGAGCAAGGCAAGGUCACUUCCGCGCAUGUGCACACCGAGGAGCAGGCGGAACAACGAAGUCGCGAACUUCGACGAACUUGUCUACCUCGGGUCACACAAGGUGAAAAAAUCCUUCCUGGUCGUGAACGACAACAUUAGCUCGGUUCUAGAUCAUAGGGACUCCAAGGAGUAUACAGUGGCAAAGAUUGAACUCUAUAAAGAUGCUAUUCACCUCAAGAACAGUGGGCAGGACAGAAUACUCGAUAUACAUCAACUCGAAUGGAUCCUUUCAAUGGGGCUCUUCGACGAGGAUCGGCGCUACUUCGGCUACAUCUCGUCCAAGGCGUUUCAGGGAAGCAAGACGAGGACAUCGUGUCACGUGUUUCGCUGUAACCGCGUCGGAUUGGCUAGCCAGAUCUUGGAAACUAUCAGACAGGCUUGCCAAGCGACCUACCUAGCCCGCACGUCAGAUUACCCGCCAGAAUGUCGUUCCAGGACCAACUCGGGGGGCUCAACCAGUUCAGAGGGAUCCGUCAGUUCCAAUUCAGAGACAGUCAGUCUUGGCUCGACGAGUUCCAGCCCAACGGACGUGGACUGGAAUCGAGCCCGCUCACCACGGCUGCGUAAAAAAGCGAGCCGCUUUCUUCCGAAACGACUGAGUAGGAACCGCAUGACCACCAUUCAGUCUUUUACGGAAGAAGACACGGGAAUUGACACUCUCGGUGAAGAGACCACGGACACUUGUUCACCGGAAGAAAAACCCGAAACAAAAAGCGUGCCGAAAGAAGUUACCCAACCAGCGGAGAAAAUUAACCAGCCUCAGGAAAAAGUUACCCAGACGCAGGAGAAAGUUACCCAGCUACAGGAGAAAGUUACCCAGCAGCCGGAGAAAGUUACCCAGCCACAGGAGGAAGUUACCAAACCACCGGGGAAAGUCCCCGAAGAGAGGCUUCCUCAACCACCGGUCGAAAAGCCCUGUAUCGAGAAACGCACACCAGAAGAAAAAUCCCGGUCGGAAAACAGCAAAGAAAGUUCAGAAAAACGGUUCAGCAUAUUGUACCUUAUUUCUACGAUAGUUAGUCCGCCUCUAAAACCAAAACACGUCAAGGAGUGCCUUAAACAGUUCCAGAAAAGUGUGGACAAGGCGAUGAAAAAGUCCACGAAUAACGGCCAACACUACAGGAAGGCACAACUGGUGUUUAGUCCCAAUGGCGUGAUGAUAGUGGAUAAUCAAACCCAGGCCGCUCAAGCGUUUUAUGAACGCGCGACCAUUUCCGGUGUUCAAAGCCAUCCCGACGGCAAGUGCGCCUUCGCUUUCACAACGGUGGUCAGUGGUAACACAAAACACAAGUGUCAUCUGUUUCUACAGGAUACGGAUCCAAUCGACGCGAUAGUUAGGGAAAUACAAACAUACGUUAGAUAAACUGCAUUGAUUAUUUUAACAUUCGUGCUAGAAAUCUACAAACGCGCAAAUAUGAAUCAAAUGAAAUCACAAAGUAACUUAUGCAGGGGAAUAAUUUAUUAAUCUAAUAGAGAGGACGGAUUUUUUCCAGUAGUAAUAAUUUAAUCUUUCACACUUUUUAUACAGAAGUAAUAUAAUUUCAUUACAUUAUUUUAUAUUUUUUUGGCGACAAAGUGAAAAUCAAUUUGGGUGUAAAAAAGGUUGUUGAUUUUUCACGCAUAGACAUUGGGAAAUGGACAAGAUACGAACACAAACUAUAAAUAUGUUCUUUUGUAUAUAAUGUAUUUCUAAAUUAAUUCAGUUACAUGUAAUAUAUCGACGAUGGUAAAAUUAGAUUUUCUAGAGCUUAUUUAAAAACAAUAAUUGUCAAAAGAUUUUGUAAUGUAAUGCCGUAGGGAAUUCCAUUAAAUCUAAAUUAUGUGAACAAUCAACUACGU